AUGUCUAGAUGGGCGAAUGAUGUUUCAAUCAAACCUUGCUCCUGUGGCUUUGGUGACAAAGAAGCCAAUAUCAUGCCUACCGGUCGGGAACCCGCAUUUGACUAUUGUCCUAAUAUCAACAAGUUGGAUAAUCACGUUGACUGCCCGUCUUUUGAUGGUGUGUGCCACGAGGAUCAGCCAUGUGAACCUUACUGGAGAAUGAUUAAAGGCAGUUUUAAACAGAUCCGUCGAUGGUGUUUGAUGGGAGAAAUCGAAAACGUUAACUAUUUCAAUCAUCCUAAGUUAACGAUUCGUACCCGAUUUGAUGAGAAGGUUACAGUUCAUUUUUAUCUCGAGGAGGACAAUAACAUACCUACUUUCUCAUUUAAUGACGCAUUAAUCGGGCAUACGGUUUUAAUAAUGUAUGCUGAAAAGCAUGAUUUUCUCGACAUGAGUACUGGUGUUCGACAAGUAGAUGGAGAUCUCGUAGUUAUUUUCAAAUGUUCUAUGGAAACACUCAUUAAAACUUUCGGAUCCAUGAUGGCUCCUCCAGGUUGCUUUCAGUGCGGAGCAAAAUCACCAAGUCCAACUCAAAACUCACCUCUAGAGAAAAAUGAAAAUCCUGUUUCAGUUGACCAAUCUUCACAUGUAGAUGAAAAUUCACAACUGGCGUCGGCAAGCCUACCAUUGAAGAAGUGUUCCAAAUGCCAAAUAGCAUUGUAUUGUAGUAAAUUAUGUCAAACUCAACAUUGGAAAGAUUGCCACAAAAACCUUUGCUCAUCAAUGAAAUAUCUACAACUAUUACGUGAACUUGAUUUUACGACUUCGACUGUUAUGUCACGAAAAAAGUGCCCACCUUUUUCUUUUGGCAUUGUUUAG